GAGCUGCUGGUGGAAGACGGCAGAAUGACGCUGACCAUCGACGGCCUCUUCAACAGCUCUGUGGACAUCGCAGGGCCCGUACGGGAGCUGGACAUCCAGUACGGCCUCUAUGCCGGUGGGACAGGCAGCCUUGACCUGCCCUACCUCGCCGAGGCCAGCUCACCCUUCAGAGGUUGCCUCCACUUAGUGACGUUCAACGGCCUGGAUGUCCUCUCCCCUCUGUCCUCCGACGGCAGCUCCAAGAUCUUCCACCAGGUCCAGGAAGGGUGCAGCACGCAGUUCUCUGCGGAACCCGAGGACCCCUUCGGGUUCCUGGGGCCACACUCCUACAUCGCGUUUCCCACGUGGGAUGCCAGGGAGGAGGCAACCAUUGAGUUUGUGAUAACGACGAGCGUCACCCAGGCACCCCUCAUCUAUCACGCAGGGCUGGAGAAUGACUUCUUCUACCUGGAGAUCUCCAACGGGCGCCUGAGAGGGUUUGUUGAGAAGGGGAACGGCGUCAUCGUCCUGCACAACAAUGUCUUCAUCAGCGAUGAGCAGCAGCACUAUGUCAAAGUCUACACAGACAUCCACAAGUUUGAGAUACUGAUAGAUUACUACGCCUCAUCCACGUCCAACCGGGGCAUCAACAACUACCUGGACCUUCAGGGAAACCUCUUCAUCGGAGGUAUGAACGAAAAAGCUCUGCAGAGGCUGAGAGAGCAUCAUCUGGCUUUCAUCUCGGUGUGGACCAUGACCAACAACUCGUUUGUUGGUUGCCUGGAGGACCUGCGGAUAAACCUGCAGAGGAGGAGUCUGCAGGAUGCCGUGAUCACGAAGGACAUCACAUCAGGCUGUGGAAAGCAGGAGCACUACUGGGACUACGACGAGGUGUACGAGCAGGACGAGGCACCCACCUCCCCACCUCCAGAUGUCUGGUCAGGGGCACCGGGCCUGGUGGUGGAACCGUGCCGGCCAGACAAUAGCUUCCCACCCGCCUUCGCCAACAUCAGCAGGCUGCUGCACGUCAGCCCCCUCAUCGUCUCUGAAGGGGGCACGGCCUAUCUGGAGUGGAAACACACCCAGCCAACGGUAGACUUGAGUCUUGCAAACAUCCGGCAGUCCCAAAUCCUCUUUAGCAUCACCAACGAUCCUAGGCACGGCCAGCUGGAGCUGGACAUUCCUGGGUCCAGGAGCAGAAGGAAGUUCACCUUGUUGGACAUUGUGAAUAGGAAAGUCAGGUAUGUCCACGACGGCUCCGAGGGGCCCAUGGACCAGCUGAUGCUGGAGGUGACGGUAACUGCCCAGCAAGGGGUCCCCGAGUGCUUGCGGCAGGGGCAGAUGUACCUGCUGCCCAUCAUGAUCAACCCCAUCAACGAUGCCCCACAAGUGAUCUUUCCCGAUGGGAACCACAUGACAAUCCUGAAGCACACACGGAAGCACCUGACCACAGACAUCCUGCAGGUCCUAGAUGAUGACACGUCCUGUGAUGACCUCGAAUUCCAGCUGCAUGGUGGCCAGCAGAUGGAGGAGGGUUAUGUAGAGUAUGACUUCCACCCUGGAGUGCCCAUUGAGGAGUUCUCCUGCAGGGACCUGGAAACAGGCAACGUAGUCUACGUGCACCAAAGCGGGACAAACUUACAACUCACCUUGCAGGUGAGCGACGGCACAGUCCCAAGCCCCACUGCCACCCUGAGAAUCCUCGCCAUUGACCCUGACAUCCACCUGCGCAACAACACCGGCCUCUCCAUCGCCCAAGGAGGGGCUGCGCGCAUUACCACAGCCAACCUGUCAGUGGAGACGAAUGCCGUGAAACAACGGGUUGCCAUCCUGUAUGUCCUCACAGAGCCCCUAAGGUAUGGUGAGGUCCAGAAGCAAGGGAGCAUGGGAGGGGAAUGGAAAAAAGUCGAGUCCUUCCACCAGCAAGACUUGGAGCAAGGGCGCAUCCAGUAUUUCAGCACGGACUCGGAGCACCGGCUGGAAGAUGUCAUGGAGAGGCUGAGAUUCAAAGUCCAGGUGGGGCAGAAAGUCUUGCAAAACAACACCUUUCUCAUAAGGAUUAAAAGAGCCACCAUUAAGAUGAGGACCAUGGUCCCCCUCCAGAUGAAGAACAAGCGGCACAGAAACAUCACCAGUAAGGAGCUGGAGGCAAUGUUGGAAGACCCAAACUCUGCCCCGGUCCCUUUCCACUACCUGAUAAUCCAGGCUCCCAAAAAGGGAAACUUGGAGCUGCUCGGCAACAGGCUGACCGAAGGCUUUGGAUUUACCCAGGACGACCUGCAAAGAAACCACCUGAGCUACAGCGCGACCAUCAGGAACUCUCAGCAAGCCGAGGACACCUUCCAGUUUCGUGUCCACGCCGGCGAGCAGCACUCUCCCAUCUACACCUACACAAUCAGCAUUGGCGGGGACCCCGACGCACCAGCCCUGACCAACGUCCUCCUGACCGUGCCAGAAGGGGGGCAAGCUGUCAUCUCCAAGGACCACUUGUUUGUACAGAGCAUGAACAGCAUGGACUACCUCUACGAAGUGAUUGAGGGGCCAGCACACGGGAGGCUGGCCUGGGCUGCGUCCCCCAGCUGGGCCUCCAGAGAGGAGAUCAUGGAGUUCACCAACGAUGAUAUCCUCCACCACCGGCUGCUGUACCAGCACGAUGACUCCGAGACACUGGAGGAUGACAUCCCCUUCGUAGCGAUCAGGCAAGGUGAGGGGAGCGCUGAGCCCGAUGCGGAGGAGGUAAGAGGUGUUUUCAGGGUCUCCAUCCAACCCGUCAAUGACCACACCCCAGUCCAAGUGGUGAACAAGGUCUUCAACGUGGUGCGCAAUGGGCAGCACCUGCUGACGACAGACGACAUCGCCUUCGCCGACGAGGACUCUGGCUUCUCUGACACGCAGCUGGUGCUGGCGAGGAAGGACAUUUUGUUUGGCAGCAUCGUGUCUGUCGAUGACAGAAGCCAUCAGGUCUAUCGGUUCACGCAGGAUGACCUGAGGAAGAAGAAGAUCCUUUUUGUCCAUUCAGGGGCUGACCGGGGGUGGAUCCAGCUACAGGUCUCAGAUGGCCUCCACCAAACCACGGCCCUCCUGGAAGUACAGGCGUCAGAUCCCUACAUCAAAAUAGUCAACAACACCGGUCUAGUCAUCCACCAGGGGAGCCGAGGGAGCAUCGACUCUUCUGUCCUCAGCCUGGAGACCAACAUGGACAUCAGGUCAGAUGAAGAGAUACGGUUCCUGAUAACGACCCCCCCAAGGUGGGGGACUGUGCUGAGAGGGGAGCAGCCGGUCGUGGCCUUCUCCCAGAGGGACCUGCUAGCAGGGGAGAUCUCCUACCGCCACAACGGGAGCAGGAACACCCGGGAUGAGCUCCAGUUCACUGUAGAAGCAAACGAGGUGGUGGUGGAGGACACGCUGGCCAUCAGCGUGUUCUUGGAAACCCAUCCCAGCCCCCUGCGUAUAGUCAACCACAAGGAGAUACGUGUCUUCCAGGGGGAAGCAGCUGGGAUCAAGGAAGAGUCCCUACUGGUGGCCCACGAAGAGAUCCUUCCCCAGGACAUAGUCUACCUGGUGAGCAGCCCCCCAGCCUCCGGCUUCCUGGCAAUGCUUCAGCAUGGCCGAGACUUGAACGAGCAGCCCAGCCUGGACCCCAUCCAGUCCUUCACCCAGGAGGACAUCAACGAAGGCAGAGUCCUCUACCUCCACUCCAAGCCAGAGGAGGAGCACGACCAGUUUGUCGUAGACAUCACG